UUUCCUAUUCCAAAUUUGUUUUUAAGAUCAUCCACAAUCCAAUGUUCGAACAAAUUUAGGAGAAAAAUCUCUUCUCUUCAAUAUAAUGAUGUUCGGAUUAACUUGUACGCUCUUUAACUAUUUCAGGUUGCACCUUUCUACCUCGUAAGUCGUACGUGUAUUUGCUAAAUCUGUCCAUGAGGCUUAGGUUGAUGAAAAGAAAUCUCCGGAAGAUUUAUUGUUUUUGGUAUAAGAGUUUAUAGCUAUUAUUCCAUGAAUUUCCAAUUUAUGUGUUCUAAAUUCUAGAAUAGGGAUAUCACGUGUUACUAAUUGAAUUCUGAAUUUAAAUUUUAGUACAUAUUUAGUAGAUUUCUUAAUUAACAUAAAUACAGGGCUUGGACUAAAGUUAUUGGUUAAGCCGAACCUGUAGGUAACCUUCUAGCUCGGCCCCUGGUCUCAAGACUUACAAUAUGGAUUUUUGGGGUGUUGUAGCAGCUGCAGCUGCAGGUUAUGUAGCACAAUAUUUGCAAAGUCCAUCAGAGGAUCAAAAGGACAACUUACUAGUAGAUAACAAGAAUUUGUUGCACCAAUUACGAGAAAAAGUUUAUUCAUUUCGUAAAUUAGCUCGAAAAAGAGCUAAAAAAGAAGUCCCUGAUGAAGGGAUUUUCAGAUUCAGACAGCUUAAUCUUGAUACGUCACAUUGCACUAGUGAUGAGAAAGAUUCAAUUUUUCCAUCUUCUACAAAUUAUGAGUGUGCAAUUCAAAGUAAGCCAGAAGAAUAUACAAGUACAAAGAACAAAGAUUCUGGUGCACCAUUCAAUUCAACAGGUUUGUCUCAGAUCCUCCAAAUAUGGAGUAUGACAACAUUUUUGAAGAGUGCGAGCAACAUAGGGCUACAAAAUGGAAUGCCUCUAUUAUAUAUGGGGAUUGUUAGUGGCAUGAUGUCUGCUGUUAUUGCAAACAGAAGAGAGAUAGAAAAGGUGAAUGAGAAGUUAAAAUGGACUAAGAAUUUAGUACAAGAGUUAGAAGAGGAGCUCAAUGUGAAAGAGAUAGCUAAUGAUGAUUAUGAAAAUCUAAAUCUAUAUAGAUCCUCUAUGUUAAAUGUUGAUGAACCAACAAGACAAACCAGUGAAAGCAUAAAACAUGUGGCAGAAGAGAAACACGAGUCGAUGAGCGAAAUUGAGGCUGAGCUUGAAGCUGAAUUGGAAAGGUUGGAAAUGAACUUGAAGGUUUCAACCUUUGAAAGAAUAUCUGAUUUUGUUGAGCUAGAUCCAGAAGAUGAAAUAAAUGUAGCUCAAGGAGACUUGAAACUAGAUUGCCUUAAUGUGCCGAGCCCUGAUUCAUCAGAAUCAGAUAGCAACACUAGUGGAACUUGGAUUGUUCAUUCUAAACCAGCCAACUAUCCUGUUUCCCCGAGGGAGCUAAGCUCGCGCCUGCAUGAGGUAAUAGAAUCCAGACUAGAAGCUCGAAUCAAGGAGCUCGAAACAGCCCUUCUUCGUAGCCAAAUUAGAGUUUGUUCAUUGGAAACACAACAUAAUCUCUCUCAAAAGGACUUUGCAUCGCACGAAACAGAAUCCUCUGCAUGUCUACAAAGUCCUUAUUGGUAUCAUAUGGCUGACGAAGAGACCAUCAGGACCAUACAUGGAAGUGAAAAUGCUUUUGACAUUGAUACAAGCAGUCCUCCUAUUGAUGGAGGAUUGAUUGAUAACCUAAAUAGAGAAAAAGGCAGUUUGAUGCACGGAUGUAAGCAGCCUACCUUGAUGCAAUUAUUAAAGACAGAAUCCAUGGCUCAAACCCAUAAGCUACAGGUCACACGGAAACAACAUUACCAUUGCUCCAACGUUCACAUUCAUUGAUAGACCAAAUAUGAUGGGAAACUGAUCUUAUCUAUAUUAUGGUUUCUAUUAUUUGUAUAGAACAAUAGACAUUGGGGAGAGGAUGUUAUUCUGUUUACGUAAGUUUCAACUGAAUCCAUUAUUUUCGACACAGGAUAUAGAUGUAUGGAAAACACUAAGAUUACAAUGAAUAUUAUAUUCCGAACUCAUAAUUUCAAAAGUACAAUGAGUUCAAUAGUAAAAAAUUCAAAAGUUGAACCCAUCUCGUUUAAGUGAUGGGUCUGCCUCUGGUCCAAGCCAUGACAGAGUCGAUGAGAAGAAACACUGAGUUCACCACAACACAAUCUAAUGAACAUCUCUACAAAACCUGCACACGGACUAAAGCCUGCAAAGCAGAAAGGCUCAUACAUAUGGAGAGAACUUCAUUUCCAGCUGAGUCUGCUUUUCCGAAUCUAAUGCAGA